GCCAAUUUGCACCUGGUGUGCUGUGCGCCACUUCUCACCUCGCAAUUAGCUCGGGUAGAUGUACCAUCAACAAGUUAUGGAAACAAACUAGCCAUCGGUAAACAGUCUUUGUUUGGCACACGUCGAUGGUGACCUGGAACUGACUUACAUAUACGCCUAAAAGCCAGACACAUCUCAGUGGUUCGACGCGCUCCGGGUGAGAGCAGUCUCGGCGUCAUCAGCAUGAGAAAAGUAGCCGACAAAACCCACACAGGUCAUUAGACUUCGAACGUCUCCGAAACGUCGCGAAGACCGGUCCCUGACAUUCACUUCUGCAGAAUCGCAGUCACAGUUCGAUAACAAGUUUGGCUUCUUCAGGUUCAUGUCAGAAUGGCAACAAAUAUCACCGGAGUGGUUUCCAUGGCUACUGCCGUAGGUAAUACUUCCCUGGCAGAUAUCAGCACGGAGAUGGAACAUCUCAAGAAUAAUAUUGACGACGUGUUCAUAACAACCAGCGGCAUCACGGUCUGCUUGAUGCAGUGCGGGUUUGCAUGCCUGGAGGCAGGGGCAGUGCGGUCCAAGAACACAACGAACAUCAUGAUGAAGAAUAUCAUGGACAUCUUCAUUAGUUCAGUGGCGUACUGGCUCUUCGGCUUCGCUCUGGCAUAUGGAGAUGGUAAUUCUGUGAUUGGAUACACCCACUGGGCUGGAAUGGGUGUUGAUUAUGGUAAAAUGGCCGACUGGUUUUUCCAGUGUAUAUUCGCCGCUACUGCUGCCACCAUAGUGUCUGGAGCAGUGGCAGAGAGAUGCAACUACAUUGCCUAUAUCACCUACAGUUUUGUCAUAUCAGGCUUCGUGUAUCCUCCUGUAACUCACUGGGCCUGGACAGAGCAUGGAUGGUUGAAGAAACUUGGCUACGUGGACUACUCCGGGUGUGGACCGAUUCACCUGAUCGGUGGGGUCUGCUCCUUCUACGGGGCCUUCUUCCUGGGGCCCAGAAUCGGAAGAUUUGCGAAAAAAUUCAACAAUUCAGAGAAGGAAGAGCUAGUGGGUCACUCAGUUCCGCUGACGGGUAUCGGAGGGCUGAUCCUGAUCACGGGAUUCCUGGCUUUCAACGCGGGGUCCAUCGGUUCGAUGUCGAAGCCCGGCGAUCACAUUGUCAUCGCCCGGGUCAUCACCAACACAGUCCUGGGCGGCAGCGGUGGUAGUCUGGUGAUGUUGGCGAUGUGCAAACUUGGACUGGGCGUUAAAUCGGCCUGGUCCUUUAGCCACACUCUCAACGCAGCUCUGGCCGGCAUGGUGUCCGUGUGUGCUGGGGCCGACGUCAUGAGGAUGUGGGCGAGCUUCCUGUCUGGGGCUCUGACGGCGCCGAUCUACCUGGGGAUUCACCACAUCAUGAUCUGGAUUGAAGUUGACGAUCCGCUAGACGCCGUGGCUGUUCACUUCGGCGGCGGAUUCUGGGGUCUCAUAUCAGCUUCGCUCUUCGGCCUUGGAGGAAUUGUGUAUGGGGCCGGAAACGAGGCUGGCUCGAUGCUGUGGCACAGAAUUGUAGGCGCAUCUGUCAUAAUCCUGUGGGGAUCUGUAUGGUCCUGCGUCAUGUUCGGGCUCCUGAAAUGGUGCGGGAAACUUCGCGUCACAGAGGAACAAGAAUUAGAAGGUCUGGAUAUCGCGAUGCACAACGAACCAGGUUACCCGCUGAAGGGGUGGAACGUUCCGCCUCAAUUUUCUCUGCAUCCCGAGACACAAUACUCCGUGAGGCCUCACUACGAACCGCUUCCGAGAACAGAGGCGGAACUGGACGUGGAACCAAUAACGGAAAAUGGAACACAGAAUUCUGUGAAAUCCGCCACUGAUACCAAAGAACGCAACAACGAGGCCGAAGUCUGAUAGUGAAGCCGACAGAUACCUUCCUCGUAGAUUAGUUCACAACGAUUUUAAAUAGUGAUCCACUGUCAUCGUCUCACACAAAAACAUUAAGAAGAUAGCUGUCUUCUGGGUUGUUGCGCCGAGGUCCUUGCUGCCUUCAUCAUCAGGGAGAUCGCCCUGAUUAUGGUGGCAGUAACCACCUCUAAAUCACCGGUAAACCCAGAAGACAGCCAUCUUCUGAGUCAUCAGUCAGCCCGUGUUUGGAUACAGCAAAACGGUCACAUAACUUUAAUCCAGCCCUCGACGUUUAGAUACAUCGAGCGGCUUUGUAACUUAAGAAAUAUUUCCAUUUAAAAACCCGCAACAUUGUUAAUUCAACACCUGUGUGUGAGUUACGCAUUAUUUCAACCAUCACAGACUCCAUACAAAAUAGAAGACGCGAGAUAUUGAAGGCUAUUGAUCGUCUUAAAGGUGUAGAUUGCCAUAUCUGCGAACUAUAAAUCUUAGGGAUUUGCCUUCUGACUUUGACAGGUGUUGGAAAAUUAUGGCCCGCGAGUCGCUUACAGCCUUGCACUAACUCGAUCAGGAAUUAUUGACCAUAAAAAUACGGUAGUUUUUUUUAUUUUCGUGCAGAGUAUGAGGAAUGCACAGAAAUUUUUUUUUAAAAAAAAUACGAGUAUUACAAAAUCUAACAUUGACGAAAACUCAUUUUCUGAGACCCUGCGGCACGUGCCGUUUGAAUUUAUUGUUCCUGAAGAUGGGAGUGAGAAAUCUGAUAUUGUAUUUUUUUAAUUUACUGGAUUUUCUCGCGGCAAUGUAUGGUCGCCUGUCACUUCCAAACAGAAUAAUCCGGUAUCAAAAUAAUAAAAAAAAAUGAACCUGAAAAACCGCUUUACCAAUUUCUAUUCGUUCAUAAGAAUUCCACUCUAAAUAAAUCCUCUGGUUGAUAC